AUGAGAAGAAAUGGAAAAGUAAAUAUUGAGAAUGCUGCUGAGUUUAUAUAUGCUCUCCCUGUUGUAGUUCAAGCUUUUGAAAUGGAGAUUAUACCUGCUAACAGAGUUGUUGCACAAAUUGGAGAAACACUCAUACUCACAUGCAAUACUACUGGCUGUGCAUCACCAAGUUUUUCCUGGAGAACCCAGAUGGACAACCCCCUUGGAGGAACAGUGAGCAACCAUAGGACAUACUCUACCUUGACUAUGAAUCCAGUUAGCACUGUGAAUUCUCAUGAUUAUCUUUGUACAGUCUUCUGUGGUGAGAAAGAGAAAAAAGAGAAGAGUAUCAAAGUUGAACUUUACUCUUUCCCCAGUGAUCCUAUCAUUGAGAUCAGCCCAUCCUUAGUUGCUGGAGAACCGGUCACUGUCACCUGUAAAAUUCCUGAUGUGUAUCCUUCUGAUCACCUGGAAGUAUUCCUAAAAAAAGAGGAACAUGUCCUUCUUAAGGAAAAUUUUUAUGAUGAUGACAGCACAGAUACGGAGACCAAAACUGUGACAUAUUCAUUUAAUCCCACGGCUGAAGAUAUUGGGAAAGAGAUUACCUGUGUGGCCAAGUUACCGAUUACUGAUAUGGACUUUGAACCCAAAGAAAGAGUAACUUCUCGGAAACUGAAUGCAAACUUUGGUCCACAAAAUACUACUAUCAUUACUGCAUUUCCACACAACUCACCAAUGGAAGGAGACCCUCUAGAAUUCAUUUGUGUGACUGAUAGUAAUCCACCACCAAAGAUAGUUUGGAGAAAACAUCUGGCUGAUGAAAGCAUUCAGCAUCUGAUAGAAAACAAUGUCCUUUCUAUUCCCCGUGCCCGUUUCACUGAUUCAGGACUGUACAUUUGUGAAGUAAUUAAUCUGGUAACUAAUAAAAUGGAGAUAGCAACUGUGGACAUUGUUAUACAAGGUGCUCCAAACAUUGCAGAACUCUCCAUUGAGCCUUCUGCAACAGUUCAGGAAGGAGAAAAUGUUUCCAUACAAUGUUCUGCUGAGGGUAACCCUCCUCCCAAGAUUAUUUUAAGGAGAAAAUCUGACAGUGCAGACAUGGGGCCUUACAGUGAGGGGAGAAUUCUACUUCUUCCAUCUGUGAUGUUCCUAAACGGAGGAGACUAUGAAUGUGUAGCAGAAAAUGAAUUUGGGAAAAUUAAAAGUGAAAUAACGCUUAAUGUGGAAUAUGGACCGAGGAAUACAAUGGUCUCUGUUAUCCCUGCUACUGCUGUUAAAGAAGGAGAAACUGUGACGAUGAAAUGUACUAGUUCUGGUAAUCCAGCUCCAGUGAUCUCUUGGAAGAAAAAGAAGGUCACUGGGGAGUCUGAGAAAAUUUUAAAAGAUGCAACUCUAACUAUACAAAACAUAAAAAGUCAAGAUCUGGGUCUUUAUGAAUGUGAAGCUUAUAACCAAUUUGGCAAAGAAGAAAAAGCUGUGAAAUUAGUUGUUCAAGCUGCACCAAAAAAUACACUUUCAGUUUUCCCUUCCAGUGCAAUGAUACAAGGAGAAAAUGUUGCCAUCUGUUGCCCAUGUGUAGAUGUUACAUCUGUUCAGAUUCCUUCCCAAAAUAUUACUGUGUUAGUAUAUCCAUCAGAAAAUAUUAAAGACUGAGAAAAUGUCACCAUUACUUGUAGCACACACAGUAACCCACCAUCACAGAGGGUCUUGAAAAAAUCCAUCAGGAGAAAGCAAUUAUUCUGCCAUACUUUAUACUCUACUGUCACCAAAAAUGAUACAGGAAGAUGUUUGCUUGAGGUUUUCAGUGAGGCUGAAAACAACAUCAAAGUGAUUGAGAUAGCUGUUGUAGGAAGAUUGGAAAAACCAGAUCAAAUGAUACCACUGAUUAUUGCAUUCUCCUCUGUAACAGCAGUAGCAGUACCUGUAGUUGCAAUUUUGAUCUACGUGUCAAGAAAAGCAAAGAUAAAUGGAUCCUACAGUCUUGUAAAAGCACUCAGGCUGAAAGUGUGA